GCGGCACGGUGCUGAGAGGCAGCAACUUUAUGAAACCGCGACAGUUCGAUGGAUCCACAAGUAACCGUCCACAAAUUCACCAGAGUGACCUGUGAUCGCUUCUUUGUUCGAGGCGGUAGGUUUAAUAUAAAAUGACCUAGAAAAGAGCACGUUUGAGCAUCCCGCAAACAUCUCAUCGGCGAGAUCAGCAAACAAGAGAAAUAUCGUGGACGCGGUUCCGAAUUGGUAAGCAGCAGGUGCAGAAUAUCUUGGAUGAGUGACUUUUUCAUUUUGGCGCCGUUACACGAACAACGUAACUCUCUCUUAUUUUUCUAAGUUGAUGCCAAAUGAAAUCAAAGCUCGCAUUUAUACAUCUAGCAGUGUCACUUAAGGAAAAGAAAGCUGCAGCCACGCGAGUCUGACAGAAGAGACAGAGAGAUUGAGAGAGACAGAGAGAUGCGACUCCUGCCUGUCCCCGGUGAGCCUCGAGGGAGGCGCCACGCCGCCAGCCACCCGAGUCCGUGACUUUUCUAGGCAGCGGCAGAAUGGCUUGCAGGGGCGGCUGCUGCUGCAGUUUGGGUUCUCUCAAUGAAGAUAAUGCUAGGUUCCUGCUUCUGGCCGUCUUGAUCGUCAUUUACCUGCUGUGUGGGGCCGCCGUCUUUUCUGCCUUAGAGCAUCCCAAAGAAAAGCAGAUCAAAGAAAAGUGGGUGCAGAGGUUUGAGAAUUUUGCGCUGAAGUACAACCUCAACAAGAUCGAACUGGAGAAUUUUCUCCGGGACUAUGAAGAAGCAAGUGUGGCGGGCAUCAGGGUGGACAGCAUCCGACCGCGUUGGGACUUUACAGGCGCCUUCUAUUUUGUGGGGACCGUGGUCUCCACUAUCGGCUUUGGAAUGACCACCCCUGCCACCAUUGGAGGGAAGACCUUCUUGAUAUUUUAUGGUCUCAUUGGAUGCGCUGCCACCAUUUUGUUCUUCAACUUGUUCCUGGAGAGACUGAUUACAGUCUUGGCUUACAUUCUCAAGUCCUGCUACGAGAGACAAAGGAGGAGAAAAGGCGUUCUGCCCUAUGACAACCGGAGGAGCUCCAGCAACUCAGAAGUGGACAGCCUUUCUGGCUGGAAGCCCUCAGUCUACUAUGUCAUGUUCAUCUUGUGCAUGGCAGCCAUUCUCAUUUCCUGCUGCGCCUCGGCCAUGUACAUGACCAUAGAAGGAUGGAGCUAUUUUGACUCUCUUUACUUCUGCUUUGUGGCCUUCAGCACCAUUGGAUUUGGGGAUCUGGUGAGCAGUCAAAAUAUGAACUACAAGAAUCAAGGCCUCUAUAGAUUUGGGAACUUCAUGUUCAUCCUUAUGGGGGUCUGUUGCAUUUAUUCCUUGUUUAAUGUCAUAUCUAUUGUUAUCAAGCAGCUUCUGAACUGGAUUUUAAAGAAGUUAGAAUUUUGUUGUUGCCAUCACUGUCAGCAAAAGGUUUUCCGCUCACGGAGGAACGUGGUGAUGCCCGGACACAUUCGAAGCAGACGGAAUAUCUCCAUCGAGACUGAUAUGAUCAAUGACAGUGAGACCGAUGGUCGCCGGAUGUCUGGCGAGAUGAUCUCGAUGAAAGACUUUCUGGCUGCCAAUAAAGUAUCAUUGGCCAUCAUGCAGAAGCAGCUAUCUGAGGCAGCCAAUGGCUACCCGCGGCAGUCUGGCUCCAGCGCUCGGCACAACGGCUUUUCAGGAGGAGUGGGAGCCUUAGCAAUUAUGAACAACAGACUUGCCGAGACGAGUGUCGACAGAUGACUCUGAAGGCCUUCUUGGAUUUUUAAUUGCCAAACACCAAGGACUUCGAGUCCGUUGCCACAUUAGAGAUAUUUAGAAGCUUCCAAUGGCAAUGUACUGUUUGAUAUUUGAUUUAAAUAAAUGAGCUUCUCGUGAUUAAUGACUCUCCAUGUUAACCUCCACCAGUACACAUUUUAACUGGCAAAAGUCAAAAGAAUACAACCAUCUUCUAAUCUGUGUAUCCAGUUCAUGCCUGUGGGAAAGUCAGUGAGAGGCAGAAUCCCACCGUGGAUGGAGCGUCAAUUCAAAUGACUUCAUUUGGCUUCUAAAAAUCCAAAAAACACGCUAAGAGCUGUUGGGUGGUGGACACUCAGAGUGUUAUUGCUGUCAGACUGACAGACCAUACUGUAUGCUUCAUUUCUAAGGAUCACAUAGUCACGGAGAAAAUGACCAGAAAAGCACAACGAUAUUUAGGGAGCCCUGAAGACUCACUAUAUGUUUAUUUUUU